AUGGAUUCGAUAUCAUUGACCGAGGCCAAAACUAAACGCACAGCCGCAAAGGCUUCUCUAACCCGACACAAGUCUGCCAUAGAAAGCUUUGACGCGAAUCAUGGAUCGCGCCAUGACAUUAUUGAACGCAAAAAAAGAAUAUUGGAAUUAUGGAAUCUUUUCGACGUAGUACAAUCGCGAAUAGAGGUUCUUGAGAAUGAAGAAGAUUUAUCUUCUCAAGAUUUAGAUCUAUUAAACGCUCAACAUGAGCAACACCGAGCAAGCUUCGAAUCAACAUACUUUAGCUUAAUCUCACGCUGUGAAUCCUUACUUGAGCAUUUUGAUCAACAUAACAUUAGGCUUUCUUCGGGAUCUUUUAGCACGCCAGGCGCUAAUUCGUCUGCCCGCAGGGAAGCGCAUGUUAAGUUACCUAAAAUCGAGCUUCCAGUGUUUUCAGGUUCCUACGAGGAUUGGUAUUCUUACCAUGAUAUGUUUGAACAAUUAAUCCACAACAACCAAAAUUUAUCCGAGAUAGAGAAAUUCCAUUAUUUGCGAUCUUCCCUCAAGGACAAGGCCGCUGAAAUAAUAAAGUCAAUUGAAACUACCACCGACAAUUAUAAGGAUGCCUGGAACGCUAUUAAGGAACGAUUUGACAACAAACGGUGGAUAUUACAAAGGCACAUCAAGGCCAUUUUCGAAAUUGCUCCAGUAACGAAAGAAAAUCAUGCUCAGUUACGUGAAUUAUUAGAUACAAUUUUAAAACAUUUGCGCGCUCUCAAAGCCAUGGGAAGACCCACGGAUACUUGGGACGAUUUAAUCGUUCAUCUUAUAAUUUCGAAACUUGAUACGGUUACUACCAAGGCUUGGGAAACAAGCAUUCCUGAUAUGGAAAUUCCCACACUAAAAUCACUGACUGAUUUUCUUUCAAAACGUUGCAUCGCGCUUGAAGCAAUUUCUAGCAAAUCCUCAAUCAAUCAAUUUGCAAAGGCAAAGAAUUGUUCGGUUUCUAAUCUCGCGACUUCUAAUUUAUCUUGUCCUAAAUGUAAGGAAAAUCAUCCGCUUUACUAUUGUGAAACAUUUCUCAAAUUACCAGUAGAAAGCAGAAUCGCCUUUGCAAAGAAGGUUCAUUUAUGUCUAAACUGUUUGAGAUCUAAUUCUCAUCAAGCUAAAAAUUGCACUUCAAGCUCUUGUCGCAAAUGUAAAGGUCAACACAAUACACUUUUACAUUUGUCAAAGACAACAGACGCUAACGAGUCGUCUAAUGCGAAAACAGCUGUGACUUCCGAUACAGAAAUUUCUGCGAAGCCAGUCGCAACACAAUGUUUAUCUACUUAUCAAUCUCUAGGAAUUAUAUUAUCAACAGCCAUUAUUCAUGUAUUUGACUGUAAUAAUCACAUCCAUUCGUGUCGUGUAUUGUUAGACAGCGGAUCACAAAUGAAUUUCAUUACGCAGAGUCUUGCCGACAAAUUGUACCUCAAUAAAAGGCAAAUAGAGAUAUCUAUUUCAGGUGUAACUAAUGCUAACAUUCGAGCCAAUCAAGCGACAGUCGUUCACAUAAAAUCGCGGUUCAACAAUUUUAGCGAGAGGAUAGAAUGCGUUGUUUUGCCAAAAAUUACUCAACAAUUGCCGCAAAAAUUCAUUUCCAAACAGAAUAUAACUAUACCAAAUAAUUUAAAAUUGGCCGAUCCUGAUUUUAAUGUUCCCGCUGACAUUGACAUGCUAAUCGGCGCUGAGAUAUUUUGGAAGCUCAUUUGCGCAGGUCAAAUUAAACCUUCUAGAAAUAAACCAACACUGCAGAAAACUCUCUUGGGAUGGAUUUUAUCUGGUCCGACAUCAAGUAUUCCUAGUAACUCCAGUUCUUCAAUCAUCAGUUGUUUAGCUGUAACAGAAGACUUAAAUCAUGCUCUCAGUCGUUUCUGGGAAUUGGAUCAUUCGAUAUCCGCUUCAACUCUUUCUCCAGAGCACCAAUCUUGCGAGAAUCUAUUCAAGGACACUGUCAAACGCAACAGCGAUGGACGCUUCGUGGUCCAGCUACCGAUCAUACCUAACAAGCUAUCUGAACUCGGUGAAUCAAGGGAAAUAGCCACUCGCCGCUUCAAAUGUUUAGAGAAACGCUUUGUUACCUCUCCUAAAUUACAUGCAGAAUACAAAGAAUUUAUACAAGAAUACAUACAACUUGGUCAUAUGCGUGAGGUCACUCACAUUACAAAUAAUGACAGCCAAACAUAUUACCUACCGCAUCAUGCCGUAUACAAAGAAACGAGUACUUCUACCAAACUAAGAGUGGUUUUUGAUGGUUCUUGCAAAACAACCACUGGAAUCUCGUUAAAUGAUGCAUUAUUGGUAGGCCCCACUAUACAAGAUGAUCUGCUUUCAAUAUUAAUAAGAUUUCGUAUGUACAGAUAUGUCAUGACUGCAGAUGUGGCAAAGAUGUACAGACAAGUUUUAAUCGAUCCGAAUCAAACCUCUCUGCAACGCAUUCUUUGGCGUGACUCUUCGGAUCAACCCAUUCAAACAUUCGAGCUUCUGACCGUCACGUACGGUACAGCAUCUGCUGCCUUCCUAGCCAUUAGAUCGCUCAGGAAAUUAGCUGAGGAUAACUCUGAGAAGUAUCCCGUUGGAUCCGGGACAGUUUUAAACGACUUUUAUGUUGAUGACUUGGUCACCGGCGCUGACAAUUUACAAGAUGCCUCCUCCAUCAAGAUUCAGACAAGGCAAUUGCUUCUUGAAGGUGGUUUCGAGCUACGCAAAUGGUUCUCUAAUGUACCUGAUCUUCAAGACGAUCAACUUUCCAAUCCUGAAAAGGAAUUCGUACUAUCUUCCGACAAGGAAUGCGAAACAAGGACACUGGGUCUUGUGUGGAACUGCACCCAUGAUCACUUCCAAUUUUCUAGUAUCUCCUGUCUGCCACCUUUGGCUACGCCUACCAAAAGGCAAGUACUAUCAAGAGUCGCUUUGGUUUUUGAUCCUCUCGGACUUUUUGGACCUGCGACUGUCAUUGCUAAAAUCAUUAUUCAACAACUCUGGCUCCUCAAGAUUGGCUGGGAUGAAGCUCUUCCCUUGGAUUCAACCACUAAAUGGAAACGCUACGAGCGUGAGUUGCCAAUUUUGAGAGACAUGACUAUUUCACGACGCGCUAUCGCGCUAAGUGAACAUAUCAACUUAGAGCUCCAUGGCUUCUCUGACGCCAGUGAACGAGCUUAUGGCGCGUGCAUCUAUUUACGUGCCACUGAUGCUCACGGAAACAUUUCAAUUAGAUUGCUCUGCUCUAAAAACCGUGUAGCUCCACUCAAGAGUUUAUCAAUUCCGCGCUUGGAAUUAUGCGCAGCCCUCUUGUUGGCUCAGAUCACCGACAAGAUUUUGAAACGUAUUACUCACAAAUUUACAUCUAUUUAUCUGUGGACCGACUCCACCGUAGUUUUAGCCUGGCUGCAAUCAUCUAGUCGUACAUGGUCGACAUUUGUCUCCAAUCGUGUUGGCGAUAUCCAACAAUUAACCACUAUACAAGACUGGCAUCAUGUAUCCAGUCAGGACAAUCCAGCUGAUCUUUUAUCCAGAGGCAUAUCUCCGGCUGCAUUGCCACAUGCGCAUCUUUGGUGGUCGGGGCCCGCUUGGCUGAAACUUGACAAGGGGCAAUGGCCUCAAUUUCCAUUCACUAUCAACAAACGAGAUAUACCUGAAUACAAAUCUUCUGCUAUCACAUCAGCUACUGCUACGCUGCCAUACUUUGAUAUUUUCGAGCGUUUCUCAAGUUUCAUGAAACUUGUUCGAAUCGCAGCAUACAUCUUUAGAUUUUUCAACAAAUUAAAACAAAGAAUCAAGCCUGAUCAGGAGCUACAAUCUGCUAACAAUAAAACUCUUGUCAUAACUCCUGAUGAAACGGACCACGCCAUCAAGAUUUUGUUGAAAAUAGUUCAAAAACUGCAUUUUCCUAAGGAAUUGGACUCGCUUUCCAGACAACAAAAUCUUAACAAAAAUAGCCCAAUCGUACGAUUAAAUCCGUUUAUCGAUGCAGCAGGAAUUCUGAGAGUAGGAGGUCGACUCAAAUUAUCGCAUCUCCCGUACAAUGCCAAAUAUCCAGCUCUAUUGCCUGGAAAUCAUCCGUUUUCUCGUCUCAUCAUCAUACACGAGCACGAGAAACACUUUCAUGCAGGGCCCCACGCCACGUUAUCUGCUGUUCGACAAAAUUAUUGGCUCAUAGCUGCAAGGGACGUUGUACGACAAAUCACUCGCAAAUGCAUUGUUUGCUUUCGAAGCUCACCUAAGAUGGCAUCCACGCUAAUGGGGAACCUUCCCGAAUCCAGGAUCACAAUUCCCGAGCGUCCUUUCGAAAAUUGCGGAGUCGACUACGCGGGUCCUCUCUACUAUAAAGAAGGCUUAAGAAAAACUUCUAAGCUAUUAAAAUGUUAUAUUGCAAUAUUUGUUUGCUUCGCCUCAACAGCUGUUCACAUUGAACUAGCAACUGAUUUAUCCACUAAAGCAUUUCUUAAUGUUUUAAAGCGUUUUAUUUCUAGACGAGGAUGCCCAACUAUCAUUCAUUCGGAUAAUGGCUUAAAUUUCAAAGGAGCUCAAAGAGAAUUAAACGAGCUAGCCGCAUUGUUCAAAAAUCAAGAAAGCCAUCAACAGAUUAUUAACUACGUGUCCUCUAAAGGAAUCAGAUGGCGCUUCAUACCCCCUAGAGCGCCCCAUCAUGGUGGACUAUGGGAAGCUGCCGUCAAGGGAGCCAAACGUCAUCUCUAUCGAGUUACUAGAGAGGCGCAUCUAAGAUACGAGGAGCUAGAAACACUAGUUAUCCAAAUUGAAGCGAUUCUUAAUUCGCGUCCUCUCACACCCGUUUCAUCUGACGUGGCCGACCUUACGCCACUUACUCCAGGUCACUUCGUAAUCGGAGCACCAUUGACAUCGUACCCUGAACCAUCAUUGGAAAGAAUCCCGAUUACUAGGCUCUCUCGUUGGCAACGGGUGGAGCAAAUACGUCAACACUUUUGGCAAAGAUGGUCAAAGGAAUAUCUGCAUUAUUGCCAGCAGCGAAAUAAGUGGACAAUUAAGGAAAAUCCAUUACAUGUCGGACAGAUGGUCCUUCUAAGAGAGGAUUCUGCUUCGCCUCUUUCUUGGCCUCUCGCUAGAAUCGUCGAAUUACAUCCCGGUAAUGACAACAUUGUUCGUACAGUCACAAUUCGCACAUCGUCUGGCAUUUAUAAGCGUCCCAUUACACGAUUAUGCGUUCUUCCCUUUGAUAGUAACUAA